AGCGGCAUUUAUAAUCCCGCUCAGGCACAGUACGUGUCGAGGGACCCAAGUUUCAGGGAUUCGGGUCUGUAUACGCAGAGUAUGGCAAUAGCCGCUCCACAGGGUACAUAUAUGCAGCAACCUCCGCAAACGCAACUUCCUCCACAAUCGACUGGACAGGCGCCAACGUUUUACGCUAAACAGGGUAUAGGGCUUCAGCCGACCGUUGCUGCUGGUUACGUUCAUUUUGGUCCACAGAUUCACUACAGUCAGUAUCCGCAGACUGUGAUGAAUACAGGACCGUAUAAUCCGACGAAAACUAUUUAUCCACAACAGUACAGCCAACAGCAAACACAACAAACUCCGUCUGCACAACAUUCACCAAAUCCUCAAAGAUUUUCUCAAGAGAUGUCAGGGUAUCAAGGCCAACCGAUAAUACAGCCUAUAGCACAAAAUGUAGCGCACCCUUCUGCAGCCGUUUCCGCCGACAAACCUCCUCGAGGACCGAAACCGUCGGUUCCUCCCCGAGUAAAUUCCAAAAUUACCCAUGAAUCUGGACAUCGUAAGUCCAUUAGUAUGGAUGCCCAAACAGGGCCAAAGUCAAAAUCCGAUGAGAAUCAAAUCGCUCAAGACACGCAGCAACCUAAUCAGGAUAAUCCUGAAAGACGAUACGUAUCCACGAAUCAAGUACCUCGAACGAGGCAAGAUGGAUUAUACGUGGAAGCGAAUGGAGAUGUUUCAAGGGAACAGUCAGUUAUUAGUAGCGACGUUGAAGGUUCCGAGCGCGGAAUCUACGUGUCCAGGCCUGAGCGUAGAAAGUCUAUAUCGGCUGAUACAUCGAGUAGCUUUCAAAGGCGUAACGAUACGAUAACGUUUACGUUUCCGGGUGAAAGCAGUACACAGGCAGAAUCGAUGUUAUCCACUAAUCGUAAGCCCCAUUCCAACGCGAAUAUUAGUGAUGUUAAACCGGAUAUAAAUACUUCGAAUUUCAUUGAGCAGCAGAGGAGACUAGAUAUGAAUGCCAGCAUGCGUAUGUCACCUAUGCCCAUUCUGCCGACGUUGGGUGUAGCACCCAAAGGUAUUCUAGUAACUGGAGAGAGAAAAUCCGUUGAAUGGAGUAGCCUUAGCCCUAGUCAGCGUAUCGUUGUACCUCAAGAAAAUAGACGCUCGGAUUAUUUUGACGAUCAUCGACGAUCUCCGAUGAUGAUCGAUGGCAAACGUCUCGACGAAGUGAGACGUUCACCAAUGACUUUCGUACCUAUUCGCGACACCAAUGCUUCCGAUCGUAUCUGUCAAAAGAGUCCAAAUAAUCUGCCAAAUAAUUUUGAAAAGACGCGGGCGGAAUUAGUUAUGUGGGCAGAACAACGUCAAAGGCAAGAGCUUGAAAGUAGGAUGAUGCAAAAUCGAGAGAUAUAUACUACGAGUCCUCGUUCUCGUGCACCCUCCGAAGAAAGACGACCAGAAAGUCGGAGUUACGGGCAAAUAGACAAAGAAUCUAGAGUACCCAUGACAACUUCGGCAUUCCAGCCGAUAGCAAAUAUAACUCAGAAUUCAAUUCUAGAGCAACGUCGUCAUUUGCGACACGUAAGUGCUGAUCUGACGAAACAUAUGGAAGCCUCGCGCAAGGAAUUUGACGAUCAACAUAUCACUGGCUCUGCUGUUAAUUUGGGUACGACGGGUUCGUUAACGUCCACAACGAACGUCAUAUCUCGAGCUAGCCCUAUUUGUUAUCAGUACUCCGCUCAAAGCGAAGCUAAAUUAGAGUCUAAGGUGCCAUUGACAAUAGUAACAGAUUUCAACGACAUACCUUCCAAACCAUUCGAACAAGUCGAUCACAUCAUCCAUAGCCAUCGUAAGAGUCAAAACCUGUCAUCCUCGAAUGCCGAGAAGAAUCACGAUAACUCGCAGAGUCAGCCUAACGCAGCUAACGACAAGAUUGACAGUCAAGACAUUCACGCUCAACAGAUGUUCCACAACAAGCAAAGCAUCGAUUUCAUUGCCGAGAAGCUGAGCCAAUGUGAGCGACAACAAAGCGAUUUACAAGCCAAGCUGCACUGCCUGCAGAGUCAGAACGAAAUACUGGACAAGGUCUCGCAAUUUACAUACCAACCGAGCGAUUUCCAGCAUCGCAUGCAAAAUCUCCACUUGCAAAGCCAAAUAGCCGAGAAGCUGAGCCAGAACAAAAGCUCCGAAUUCUCGACGGCGAGCAGUCGUGAUCAGAAUAGCGAUCAGGAGCAAACGAACAAGUCGAUUCUGAAUCAAUGCAUCAAUGCAUCGCGACAAUUGUACGGUCAGCCACUUUUGACCACAGUCUCGCAAGUACAAUCUGCCGGAUAUCUAACCUCGGACGCUCGCAUAUCGCCUCGAAUACAACAGCAGCAACAACAAGCUCAAGAGGACUCGGAUUUCAGCGACUCCAUUCAGAUUCCAAAUAUCUCGCAGAUGCCAUUGCCCAGUCUCUCGCAAUUCGAUCGCGCUGACGUGCUGUCGCGUACUCCUUUCUCUCAACUACAACGCAUGCAGCAGACUAAUGAUAAUCUCGACGUGCCGUGCUCACAGCCUAGCCUAGCGUCUGUCGGUACCAGCCUCAACUUUACCGGCACUUUGAAAAAGGUCCCGCCCGAGAAGCCACCCAGGACCUCCCUCAUUGUCCAGUCGCCGGAUACCGAGAGCAACAGAAGCCAGCCAGCCAUCGGGCUGAAACACACAUCAAAAGCAAGGCCUACGAUCUUCGGCACAGUGGCUUCCGACCUGAAUCCCAAGGAUGGCAACAGUCGACGGAGUCUGCCACAGACGCCGGCCGGCAAGUCGGGCACGAACAGUGGUGCAGGCAUCGUCAAUGGUUCCGGGACCAAUCAUCCGGACGCCGCUGCCGUCAACCCCGAACAUCACGAGCUGGUCUAUCGUGACGGGAAUCUGGUGUCUGGCUCGUUGGAGGCGCUGGUGCAGCACAUGGUUCCGACCGAGGAGUACUAUCCGGAUCGGGCUUACCUGUUCGCCUUUCUGCUGAGCGCUCGCCUCUUCAUCAAACCCCACGAGCUUCUUGGCGAGGUCUGCGCUCUCUGCGAGCAUCAGCAGAAUCUCAACGGCGAAGGUGGCAAGGAGCGACUGCAUCGCUUCGUGCCACGUCUGGUGCAGCUGUUGGCCGAAUGGACGGAGACAUUCCCGUACGAUUUCCGGGACGAGCGGGUGAUGGGCCACGUGCGCUCGAUCACGCAGAAAGUGGCCAACGUCGACGCGGCAGCGCGCCAAGAAGUCUCGGUACUGCUCCAAAACUUGCUGGUCAAGCUGACGGCAUUAGAGAGGUACGAGGAGGCCCUUUCCAGACUUGCAACCGACUCGGCUACCGAGCAGCUUAGCCAGGUGGACGUGACAGAGCUCUGUCCGUCGGCAUCAGUGUUGGCGCAACAGCUGACACACGUCGAGCUCGAGCGGCUGUCGUACAUUGGCCCCGAGGAAUUCGUGCAGGCAUUCGCCAAGGAAUCACCGCACUUGGAAACGUCUUUUAAGGACAUGAAGAAAACACGGAACCUCGAGUCUUAUGUUCAGUGGUUCAAUAGACUCAGCUACUUCGUAGCUACCGAAGUUUGUAAACAUCCCAAGAAGAAACAGCGGGUUCGAGUGGUCGAGUAUUGGAUAGAGGCAGCCCGAGAGUGCUUCAACAUCGGUAACUUUAACUCGCUUAUGGCAAUUAUAGCUGGACUAAAUAUGUCGCCAAUAUCACGACUGAAGAAGACCUGGUCGAAAGUGCAAUCGGCGAAAUUCUCAAUCCUGGAGCACCAUAUGGAUCCGAGCAGUAAUUUCAGCAGCUACCGCAGCACCUUGAAGGCGGCGAUGUGGCGUAGCGCCGGCGCUACGGAUGAGAGGCAGCGCAUCGUCGUGCCGUUCUUCAGUCUACUCGUCAAGGACCUCUACUUCCUCAACGAGGGCUGUAGUAACAAGCUACCCAACGGCCACAUCAACUUCGAAAAGUUCUGGCAGCUAGCCAAGCAGGUGACGGAGUUCAUAGCCUGGAAGCAAGUGACCUGUCCUUUCGAGAAGAAUUCUCGAGUCAUAGCCUUCUUACAGGCAAGCCCUGUACUUACGGAGAACGCACUGGUGCUGGCGUCCUUCGAGUGCGAGCCACCGGAUAAUAACCACGAGAAGGAACGGUACAAAGCCUUAAAAGUGGAGCUGGGUAGCCAGUGAAACCUCGUCGGGCAAACGACGUGAGACGACUGCAGGCAGAGGUACUGAGACGAGACAAAAACAGAAAAAAGCACAUUUUUCAAAGAACGCGCAAGGCUUUCGUCGCGUAUACUCAUUUACCUGUGUAACGCAUUUUUCUUUUUAAUUCUAUCAAAUGACAAUCUCAUCAAUACGCCAAAAAGAAAUAAAAUACGCUGCAGAAGGGCUCUUUGAAAUGCGCAACGGCAAAGUUUACGAGAGACGAGGAAGAAGGCAAAUGCGAGAUUUAUUCUUUCGGUAAAGUGUAUGUUUUUCGAAAAGGAAGAAGAAGAAGAGCACAAGUGUACGCGAGAAUUUUCGUAAUAACUUGCGAGCCAGGGCAGUUUCUCUCAAGUUUCAAGUGCUCGACUAUAAACAGAAAGAAAGACUUCUCUUGCACUGUGCUACCGAGUUGAAUCCCAAACGAACGUUUUUUUUCACUUACAUGCAAAGUGUUCUUACAGUGAAAUCCAUGACAGCCAAUCCCAGCCAAAUUGUAUGCACGCGUGCAUUAAAGAAAGGCCUAUUGUGUUAUUAAAAUUCAUCCUAGGCUCAACAAGUCAAUUUCAGAUUUGCCAAAUGAAAAAUAUAUUAUUUGUGAUUAGUGAAACAUUCACGUACAAUAGUACGAAACAUACAAAUAUUUAUGGAACAAUAGCGAUUUCAUGCAGCAUGAAAUGUUUUGUUAUCGAACUUUUCAAUGUACCAAGUUUUUGAAUAUUAUUACCGUUAGGCAGCUUUAUGAGCGUUUGCAUAAACACGAGAUAGAAAAACGCCCUUCUGAAAGAGAGCACAAAAGAGAGAGGGACCAAAAAAACGAAAAAAGCAAAGUUGAGAGUAUUGCACACAUUCCCGGUGCAAAAUGAUGCGUGCAACGGGAGAUACAAACGAGUACGAAAGUCUCGUGGGGAGAAUUUGUGUAAUAAGGAAAUUCCACUGUCACAAUGGAACUACGCGGGGAACGCGAUCGCGCAAGCAGGAAAAAAGUGCGAAAGGGCUUUAAGCGUUAUAAUACACUUAAGGAAUAAGUGUUAUAUAACGCUUUCAAGACGUCAUGAAAGCCUCGAUUUCCCGUCAUACUAUUCGAGUGAACAAGUCGAUAUCCGUGUAUUAUAAAAGCCUCUUUGUCAAACAAACUUAUAUUUGUUCUUAAUCGAUAUCAAUGUUUUUUUUUUCGAAUACGUGACGCCAACGCGAAAAAAAUUCACCGAAACGAAAGAGAACAGAACAUACGUGUUUCAUAAAGUUUAAAUUGUACAUAGAUAAAUAGCAGAAAAAUACAUGCAAUUCCCUUUUGAGCAUUUUUGAUGAGAUCUAACAGCGCAGAGUCAUUUUUUGAUGAAACUUUGUAGAGCAGCAUUGACAGUUUAUCUGCCCUUGAUAUGAAUUUUACAAUGUUCAUAGAUGUAUCAUUCAACUUUUUUCUUCGACAAAAACUUAUUCAAUUGUUAUCGAUGAAAAAGUGUACAAUGAUUUUUCAAACCGAAACAGUAAAACGUAUAGUAGUUAGAAACCAUUGGACAGACUUAAUUCAUUCUUCCUAUGUACACUGUCAAUCGAGAUAAUUACGCAUUCAAACUCUAUGACGCAAAAUGAACUUCGAGAAAAGUUUCAACAACGAUAUAUUUUAACCUUUUUGGGUACUUAAAAAAUAUAGUCAUCGUAUACAUUUAAACGCCAAUCAGUAUAUACACUGCCCGUCAAUCACUUUUGCCAUGCUUACCUCAAAAUUAGGCAAACUUGAAAGUUUUGUAUCUCGGUCGGAAAUCAUCGUAUCACAAAA